CCUCUACUCUCUCUGUUUCUCUCUCUACUCAUUGUCUCUCUGUUCACUUUCUCUCUCUAAACUCUCUCUCUCUCUCUCUCUCUCUCUCUGGCGUUGAGCUCGGUGGAUUAUGGAGUCUUCUUCUAUGCUUCACAGAUCUCACAAUUUUACUGGAAUUUCAUUUCAAGUCUCGUUGUGUCAGGUGAAUGACGCUUGAGGACUUUCCAGCAAGGAGCAUCAGACACUUCACAUAUCUGUGCACGACAAUUCUCUCUGAUUUCAUCAAAGGGUUCUAUCCUAGAAAUGUUAUCAGAUAUAUAUAUUUUGUGAUCUAAGUGCUUCCGGAAUAAAAAUGGACAGGUCAGACACAUCAGGGUUUGUGAGUAGUGGGGGUAGCUCAUCAGAAGUCUUAUACCUCUGCUUUUUUAUUUUGAAAUAUAGAUCUUUCUAGGAUUAUGUAAAUAACCUUGCUAUGCUAGUUUAGUCUCUUCUUCCUUGGCACUGUAGUACACAGCAUCCAGAAAAAAUGGAUCUCAACAAAAACAGUGAGCUUACGAAAAACAAUUUUGGUGAUACCACUUUAUGCUUGGAUUGCUUUGGUUAUGGACGAAGCGUUCGUGCUGGAUUUGAGGGUGCUAACUCAAGUGACAGGAUCAUUCCUUUCAAUGCUCCUGAUGACGGUUGCAGGUUGGUACUUGGAUUGGGUCCCACACCAAGUACGUAUUCUGAUAAUUAUCACUCUGGUCGGGCUAUCAAAAACAAAGUGCACCAGGGAUUGUCAUCUGAGGGUGAUUCAAUCCUACAACUUGGCCUUUCUGGAGGGACUGGGAAAGUUUCAGGCACAUUUGAGCAUUCAGUUUCAACUUACAGUAAUCCAAAUGCAUCUCGUCACCCAAACCAAGUAGCUGUUGAUGGUAAUAGACUUGUGAUUCCCAUUGUUGAUGAAGGUUCUACCUCAGCCAAGAAAUCAGGUGGCUACAUGCCUUCACUUCUUUUGGCUCCAAGAAUGGAUGGUAGCAAAAUCCUGUUACAAACGCAAGAACUGCUAGAACCUGCGACCAAAUACCAUUUCAAUCCUUCUCAGAUAAGCUCUGAACCUUCAGCUGUCUCCGAUUAUUCAUUCAGCAAUAUCUCUGAGCCUUCUGCAACUGCCGGGAUAUCAUCAGAUCGGAGAACCAGCAAUCCUAAGAAGUGCAAGUUUGAUGGGUGUUCAAAAGGGGCCCGAGGGGCAACGGGUCUUUGUAUAGGCCAUGGGGGCGGACAGAGAUGUCAGAAACCGGGGUGUAACAAAGGUGCCGAGAGCCGAACGGCCUACUGUAAAGCUCACGGAGGAGGCAAGAGGUGUCAGCAUCUGGGGUGCACUAAAAGUGCAGAGGGGAGGACAGACUACUGCAUUGCACAUGGUGGUGGGAGACGAUGUGGGCAUCCAGCUGGGUGCACCAAGGCAGCACGGGGCAAAUCUGGGCUUUGCAUUCGGCAUGGUGGAGGGAAAAGGUGUAAGGUCGAAGGCUGCACUCGUAGUGCUGAGGGGCAGAUUGGCUUGUGCAUCUCUCAUGGAGGUGGGCGUCGUUGCCAGUUCAUAGGUUGCGCCAAGGGUGCUCAAGGAAGCACCAUGUAUUGCAAGGCUCAUGGCGGUGGAAAACGUUGCAUAUUUGCUGGGUGCACGAAAGGGGCCGAAGGAAGCACACCGCUGUGCAAAGGGCACGGUGGUGGUAAGCGAUGUCUCCAUGAUGGCGGUGGGAUUUGCCCAAAGAGUGUACACGGAGGCACAAAUUUUUGCGUUGCUCAUGGCGGUGGAAAGAGGUGUGUAGUUUCAGGGUGCACGAAGAGUGCUCGUGGCCGUACCGAUUGUUGUGUCAAGCAUGGUGGAGGGAAGCGUUGCAAGUUCGAAAAUUGUGGGAAGAGCGCCCAAGGUAGCACCAAUUUCUGCAAGGCCCAUGGUGGGGGAAAGCGGUGCAACUGGGGGGGAGAGGGAAAUUGUGAGAAAUUCGCAAGAGGGAAGCGCGGACUAUGUGCUGCUCAUAGCAGCUUGGUUCAAGAGCAGGGGAUGAACAAGGGAGGAAUGAUUGGACCAAACCUCUUCCACGGGCUUGUCUCUGCAUCAUCAACUAUGGGGAGCAGCUUCGAGAACAAUUAUUCUUCCUCGGGACUGAGUGUCAUCUCCGAUUCUAUUGAUUCGUUUGAUAAGCCAGUGAAAAGACAACAUCUCAUGCCACCUCAGGUUUUGGUUCCUCUGUCGAUGAAGUCCUCAUCAUCAUCUUAUUCAAGGCAAUUGAGUACUGAGAAACAAGGGGAAAGAAGUGCUGUGGGUGGAACUGAGGGCGGAAUUGGUGGCGGCAUUGGCAGCGGCGAUGGUGUGAGAAAGAGCUUCGACUUUGUGAUCACAGAAGGGAGAGUGCACGGCGGCGGUCUCAUGUCAUUGCUUGGUGGGAACCUGAAGAAUGCAUUUGAUAGGAUCUGAAGUUGCUUUUGUGUUGGUAAUUAUUGAUUUUUCAUGGAUGGAACUGUGUAUAAAAUGUUUGUAACAUGACUAUUAGUAUUGAUGCCUUUAUGGAAGUUGUCUUGUUAAAUAAAGCCCACCUACUAUCAAUGUAUAAUAUGUUGUAUUGCUCUCCU